GCACGACUGUGUAUUUACCAUUAGUCAAGCAUCUUCUCAUCUGGCCACUCCACCACAUCCCAAUUAUUUGUCCCUUAUUUAUGUUUUCUCCUUCAAAUUGUAUCGCCAUUCAUCCACACCAUUAAUAUGAAUAUAGGAGGCUAUUCAGCCCCUUCAACCUGCUUUACACCAUGACUGUUCUGCAACUGCCAUUUACUCCUUCAACCUGCAUCCCACAAUACCCAAUAGAAAAAUCCUACCACUUCCAGUCAUGAAAGCUGUUGAUUAAGCAGAAAGCACAAAGGGAUCUUGGUGGCCAAAUCCAUAGCUCCCUGAAACUGACAACAUGGGUAGAUAGAGUGGUAAAGAAAGCAUAUGGUACGCUGGCCUUCAUAGGUCGGGGCAUUGAAUAUAAGAAGUCAUAUUGCAGCUUAAUAGGACUUUAGUCAGGCAGCAUUUGUAAAAUUGUAUGAGGUCUUGGUCGCCAUAUUACAGGACAGAUGUGGAAGCUUUGAAGAGGAUGCAGAAGAUGUUUAUCAGAAUCCGCUCUGGAUUAGAAGGCAUUAGCUAUAAAGGGAGGUUGGAUUGUUUGAGCUUGAGCUUUGGAGCGUAAUAGAAAUAUAUAAAAUUAUGAGAGGCAUAGAUAAAGUAGACAUUCAGAACCUUUUUCCCCCAGAGUCGAAUUUACAAAGACUCCAGGGCAUACCUUAAGGUAAGAGGGGCAACAUUUAAAAGAGAUGGUAAUUUAAAGGUACGUGGAUAGGAAGGAUUUAGGGUGAUAUGGGCUAAACACAGGCAGGUGGGACUAGUGUAGAUGGGCACCUUGGUUGGCAUGGGCAAGUUGAGCUGGCUCUAUGACUAAGAGAUCCCCAGGGUGGUGGGGUGCCUGGUGCUCGGAGCAGACACGAUAGUGGCAUUUAAGAGGCUUUUGAAUAGGCACAUGGAUAUGCAGGAUAUGGAGGGAUAGGGAUCAUGUACAGGCAGAGGAGAUUAGAUAACUUAGCAUCAUGUUUGGCACAGACAUUGUGGGCCAAAGGGCCUAUUCCUUUGCUGCACUUGUCUAUAUCCUAGAACUUAUGAGCUUCUAUGGGUCUUUACUUCCCUGAGUUUAGAAGAAUGAGAAAUAAUCUCAUUGAAACAAAUAAAGGACACUCUAUAGGGGAGACAUGCAGUAGAUGUUUCACCUGCUCCAGCGACUGGGACCAUGGCACCAUAUCGCAAACUCAAGAGUCGUGGCUCAGGACAGAGAUGAAGAAUGACAGAUGGUUUAAUUAAAUACGUACAAAAUCCUUAUGAGACGUCACAGGGUAAUUGAUGGGAUGUUGUUUUUCCUGGCUGAGGGAAUCGAGAAGCAAAGGCCACAGUCUCACAGAACGUUUGGCCAUUCAGGAUAGAACGAGCAAUAUCACUACGAGAAAAGAGAAAUGAGACCUUUAAAGGUUGAGUUGCUGAAUUUAUGCAAGAAAGAGGUUGAUAGGUUUGUAUACAUGAAGGGAAUCAAAAGAGUACAGUUAGUGCAGGAAAGUGGUCUUGGAGAGUAUUAGCAUCAUACAAUGUGGAAACAGGCCCUUCAGCCCAACUUGUCCACACUUGACCCAUAUUCCUCUUAACCUGUCCUGUCCAUGUACCUGUCUAAAUGUUUCUUAUCAUGGGUACAGGAUACAAGAUCAGUCAUAAACUUAUUGAAUGACAGAACAUGAAUGAGGGGGGUGAAUGGUCUGGUGCAGCCUCCAUUCUUUAGAUCUAGUUACUUUUGUGUGAGAGUUUUAGAUAUAUACCGGAUUCCACGAUGUGAAGCAAUCGUUCCUGAUUUCACUCAUGAACAGGGUAGCUCUCAAUUUAAGACUGUGCCUUUUUGCUGGGUCACCCCACCCGGGCCAGAGGAAUUAGUUCAAUACGUACCCCAUCGAUUCCCAAUAAUCAUUUAAAAGCCUCGAUUAGCUAACCGACCUUUCAACCUUCCAAACGUACAGCAAUACAAACAGUUUGUACAACUUGGCCUGGUAGUUAAACCCUUAAGCCGUGGUGAAAGUAGAACAUUGCUGAUUCAUGGGACUGUGAAGGCUUUAAAUUCCUGAUUAGCUGUUUACUCUUUAAUUACGUGAGAGUUCCAACACUUGGUUUCUCUUAUCUCUCUCUGCAAUGCUCAUGCUUAUCCUUAGUGAGGGCUCUGGCAUGCGUGUGUGGGAGGGAUAGGGCAGGCAAGGGAGCAUCAUUAUGUUUCCUGCACCGACUGCCCCUGUUGCCAUGUGACACUUGACGGGUAUUCCGAGAACUGUGACAAACAGCUGUUGCUGACAAGGUACGGGGCAGUUGAGACUUUAAAUCGGCAACAAUUCGACAUUAGACUCGCCAACAUGCGUGAGAUAGUGCACCUCCAGAUUGGGCAAUGUGGCAACCAAGUUGGGGGCAAGUUCUGGGAAGUAAUUAGCGAAGAACAUGGAAUUAACUCCAAUGGGAAUUACACUGGAGACUCAGAUGUCCAGCUUGAAAGAGUCAACGUAUACUUCAAUGAAGCACAUGGUAACAAAUACGUGCCCAGAGCAAUACUGGUGGACUUGGAGCCUGGAACGAUGGACAGUGUCCGAAAUGGCCGCAUCGGACAUCUCUUCAGACCAGAUAACUUCAUCUAUGGAAACUCAGGUGCUGGUAACAACUGGGCCAAAGGCCACUACACGGAGGGUGCGGAGCUGAUGGAUAGCGUACUGGAUGUGAUGAGGCACGAGUGUGAGAGCUGCGACUGCCUCCAGGGCUUCCAGCUGGCGCACUCGCUGGGGGGAGGCACUGGCUCCGGCUUGGGCACCCUCAUCAUGUGCAAGAUCCGCGAGGAGUACCCCGAUAGAAUCAUGAACAGCUUCAGUGUGAUACCUUCGCCAAAGGUCUCCGACACGGUGGUUGAACCGUACAAUGCCAUCUUGUCCAUCCAUCAGCUGAUCGAGAACACAGACGCAACUUUCUGCAUCGACAACGAGGCUUUGUACGACAUUUGUUUUCGAACCUUGAAGCUGGCCACGCCAACCUACGGGGACCUGAACCACCUAAUCGCCAUGACGAUGAGUGGUGUCACCACCUCCCUACGUUUCCCUGGCCAACUCAAUGCGGACCUGAGAAAGCUGGCGGUCAAUAUGGUUCCGUUUCCACGCCUACAUUUCUUCAUGCCUGGUUUUGCUCCACUGAUGGCCCGUGGGUGCCAGCAGUAUUGCUCACUGACCGUGCCAGAGCUCACUCAGCAGAUGUUCGAUGCUAGGAACAUGAUGGCGGCCUGCGACCCACGGCAUGGAAAAUACAUGACCGUGGCGGCCAUCUUCAGAGGCAAGAUGUCCACCAAGGAGGUGGAUGAGCAGAUGUUAGCAGUCCAAACCAAGAACAGCAGCCAAUUUGUGGAGUGGAUCCCAAAUAAUGUCAAAGUGGCUGUGUGUGACAUCCCACCGUGUGGACUCAAAAUGUCUUCCACCUUCAUCGGAAACAACACUGCAAUCCAAGAGAUCUUCAGGCGCAUUACCGAGCAAUUCUCAGCCAUGUUCAGAAGGAAAGCUUUCCUCCACUGGUACACAGGAGAAGGCAUGGAUGAGAUGGAGUUCACAGAAGCCGAAUGCAACACCAACGAUUUGGUGUCUGAAUACCAACAGUACCAAGAUGCUACAAUUGAGGUUGAAGAUGAAGAAUAUGAAGUGGAAGAAGCUGAACUGGUGACAAUUUGAGUAACUAGGACAAUCAGGUGUAUCACCAAUCGAACGAACAAUGAACACAACAGCAAAAUAUAUCAGAACAUCUACAGGAACAAUGAUUUUAUUCUAAAUAGACAGACCAGAAAUUAACUUUGCUGGCCUGGAGGAAUGUAGUUGACAUCUAAAAGCGAUUUUCAUCUUCAUAGAGAUUCAUGAAUUUAUAUACUAUCCUUCCAUCAUUACGGACUAUAUUUGAAGCAUCACGUGCAUGGGUCGCGAAUACGGGGGGGGGGGGGGGCUGCAGCACCUCCACUUUCUUGGCGAGACAUGCUUCAUAACCCAAAAUUAUCCGGCCUGCAGGCGUAUUUUUUUCUUCUGAGGAUCUCCGACAUCCAGAAUCUCAGAACAAGCGGACAGUGAGCGCGACAAAACCGGGCAAAACCACGACCAGCCGUGGCGGAAACGGACUGCCCCCCCAAAACCCUCCCUCCCCUCUGCUCAAUGGCCAAUCACAGUGCGGUUCAGUCGAGAUAUGGGGCAGUGAACGAAGCGCUGUGAUUAGCCGCUGAGUGGAAUGGAGGGCCCAGAGAGAGACAACCAUGAGAAGAGGGAGGGUCGGCCCCGAGAGGGGGGGG